GGCUCUCAGAGCUAGUAUCUUGUGUAAGUUAAAGUUUUCUGUCUGAGAGCCAAGGGCUUCCUCGAAUCAGCCUGCAGGGACAGAUGGGAGGGGAGGGUUGGAAACCUCGUCUCAUUCACUGUUGCUCAAUACCCUUUUGCCUUCCAUUCAGCACGGCUCAGACGCUCAGACGGAGGCUGCAAGAGGUAGUGUGUGUGUGUCUGCGACUUGCAGGGCCCUGGGUCUUCUGAGGUGAGAUCCCAGCCAUGCUGGACCUCUACACAGUUGUGAUAGGGCUCCUGAUCCUUCUGCUCCUCCUGGGGAAUGUUUUCUUCCCUUACCUUUGGCUGGACUUCGUUUUCUUCUUUCGCGUCCUUCACACAGGAUACAAAUGCCACAGGUGUCUCAGCCGCAGACCUCCCAUCACCUUACUGGACUUCUUCUUGGCCAAAGUCCAGAAGCACCCAGAGAAGCCCUUGGUCCUCUUUGGAGAUGAAACCUAUUCCUACCGAGAUAUCGACAGGCGCAGCAGUCAGCUGGCCAGAGUGCUCCGGGACCACGUAGGGCUGAAGGAAGGGGAAACGGUGGCUGUUUUCCUAAAGAACGUCCCUGCCUAUCUCUGGGUCUGGAUGGGACUGGAGAAGAUUGGCAGUGUCAUGGCGUGUAUCAACCAUAACAUCCGAGCCAAGUCUCUCUUGCAUGCCCUCAGCUCCUGCAAGGCCAAAGUGCUACUGACAACUCCAGAUUUCAAGGCUGCCAUUGAGGAUGUCCUUCCUACUCUAAAGACAGAGGGAGUUCGAGUUUUCUUCAUGAGCGAAGACUCCCCAACCGAGGGCGUGGAAGCUUUGCUGGGGAAGAUCCAGUCCAGCUCAGCCGAGCCUGUGCCCAUUUCCUUCAGAGGCAAAGUGACCCCUGGGUCGUCAUCCCUGUAUAUUUUCACCUCUGGGACCACAGGGCUGCCGAAAGCGGCUAUCAUCACCCAGUCGAAGCUGCUCAAAGUGUCCCAUAUGUUUCGCAUGUGCGGGGUCACUCCUAAGGAUAUCAUCUACAUCCCGCUGCCGAUGUACCACUCAGCUGCCCUUCUUCUUGGGACAGGAGGGUGCCUGGAGGUUGGAUGCACAAUUGCCUUGAGGUCUAAGUUUUCUGUUUCCCAUUUCUGGAACGACUGCAGGCGAUACCGCGUCACUGUGAUCCAAUAUGUUGGAGAAAUGAUGCGCUACCUCUGUAAUGCACCAAAGACGGACAGCGACCGAGACCACUGUGUGCAAAUGGCAAUCGGCAACGGCAUGCGUGUGGAGGUCUGGAAGGAGUUCCUGCGCCGAUUCAGUCCUAUCCAAAUCCAUGAAUUCUAUGGAGCCACGGAGGGGAAUGUUGGAUUUAUUAACUACAUCGGGAAGGUUGGAGCCAUGGGAAAGACAAACUUCCUCCACAAGAAACUGGCAAAAUUCGAACUGGUUCAAUAUAACAUUGACCAGGAUGAGCCGGUGAGGGACGAGAAAGGAUAUUGCAUCCCAGUGGCCACAGGCGAGACAGGUUUACUGGUGGCCAAGAUCACUAGCCAUACCCCGUUCUCUGGCUACGCAGGAGACCGACAGAAGUCUGAGAAGAAGAUUCUCCGGGACGUUUUUACCAAAGGAGACUGCUACUUCAACAGCGGCGACCUCCUGAUGCAAGACCAUGAUGGCUUUCUAUAUUUUCAGGACCGGGUAGGAGACACUUACCGCUGGAAAGGGGAGAAUGUGGCCACCACGGAGGUUGAGACAACCUUGGCAACGCUGGAGUCGGUUCAGGAAGCCAAUGUCUAUGGAGUGCCAGUGCCAGGACACGAAGGAAAGAUCGGGAUGGCAUCCAUAUGCCUGAAGGAUGGGCUGCCCUUUGAUGGGAAGGAGGUGUAUGCCCAUGCCAAGGACUGCUUGCCAAACUAUGCUAUACCUCGCUUCAUUCGCAUCCGGGACAUGCUGGAGACCACAGGCACUUUUAAGCAGCUCAAAAGUCAACUGGUGAAGGAAGGAUUUGACCCUGUCACUAUCAAGGACCCCCUCUUCUUCCUAGAUGACUCGGAAAAAAGUUACGUGCCAAUGACUCAGCAAAUCUUCAGUGCCAUUGCAGAGAAUAAACUGAAGCUGUGAAUGCCUCUUUAGCUGUCCUAGUAGCACAGGAAACCCAGGAACAGCUAGAGCACUGAACACUUCGGCUUCUGUCUGGGAAGUGCAUGCAUGCAUUUCCAUGAAUUCUUGAGAAUCCUGCACAAGUUAGUUUGGAGGACCUAAUUUUUCUUUUUUAAGGAGUGCCUGGUUUUUCUUUAUCCCUGUCAACUUUGUCCUUCUGUGUUCACACAACACAUUUGCUCUGCAAUGUAUAUACUGCAAACUACAUACAUGAGGCUGUCACUGGGGUCCUCUGCUCCCUACACACUGGAAUUUUUUUUGCGUGUUAUCACACAUUUGCAUGUAGCUGUGCACACAUGUACAAAUGUGAUCCAGGGAUUAACGUUAACUUAUCCAGGAAGCAAUCUGGUGUUUUGUUUUGUUUUUUAAGAGAUGUGUCCUGAUCUUUGCCAGUUGUCCCUUUUGUGUUUAUUGCAGGGAGACAUCUGUGUGUCAUUUGCAGAGAUCUUCCAGGCUUCCAGGUUUAGCACAUCUCUCACAUGUUUGUGGAGCAUUCAUCCCACCCAAUUCGUUUUCGCAAAGUUUGUGCGGACAUCGCAUCAAACAAUUGCUAUUCUGCAGUUUCCAGUGCAUUUCCUCCCUGUCACUUCCCUUACCAAAAGUUCGGGAUCUGUGUUUGUUUGUUUGUUUGUUUGUUUGUUUGUUUGAAGCAGGCUUGUUGCACAAGAUAAUCAAAUCUGCUUUAAUUGCACAACCUAAAUUUGCUGGUAUAGCAUGGAAUCCCAUCCACAAAAUAGCUACAGUCUGGAAUUAGCCACAAGUGAUGGUACCACGUUUAAAUGCUGCCACUUAAAUUCAGGAGAACCAGCCUCAGAAAGCACAGUGUGGUCUUCAUGCUUCUAGGCUGGAACCUCAUGGAGGAAAUAUCACGUCGUCUUCUCAUUAGUUUUUGUUCUCCUUUUGUAUUUUUAUGUUGCGAACCACCUUGUGAACUUCGGAUGGAUUUAAUAAAUAAUAUUAAUGAUAUGACCAGAUCAUUGCACAUCUGGAACAGCAAAAGAACUAGGAUCGGUGCUUCAUUUCAAUAGGGUUCCAGACAUUGCAUGGCCUUGGAAUGUGGUCCAAAAGUGAUGAUUUUCCAGAGAUGCUGGAAAAUGCCUGUUAGGUUUAGCACAUCUCUCGCAUAACACAGCAAGCUGGCAGUUUAACUCCUUUAGCUUUAUUUAGCAAUUACAAGCUUACAGCAAACAGAGCCUCCCACAUUCAUUCUUCCCUAUCAGAGUCAGUUGACUCGACUGGCCUCCGGCCCC